AUGAUUUUCACCUCUACGCAUCCAAACAUUGCAGUUCCUGAAAACAUUACCAUAUGGGAUUGGCUUUUCGAAUCACCAGACUCACCUCUUAACCGGCAACCUUCAAUCGUCGCAGGUUUUACAAACGCUGUGACGAAAGAACGUGUCCGGUAUGAUGAGGUGAAAGAGCAUGCGGUUACCAUCUCGACCGCAUUGACGCGGAAGCUUGGCUUCUCUCAAGGAGAAUGCGUCGCUCUUUUUAGUUCAAACACGGUGUGGUAUCCUGUUGCAAUGUUUGCGACUAUACGGAUUGGCGGGAUGAUUUCGGGGGCCUCUCCGGCUUACAACGUUGAAGAAAUGACCUAUGCUUUGAAAACAUCCAAGGCAAGGAUUUUGAUGACUGCGGCUUCCGCGCUUCCAGUCGCGAUACCAGCCGCAAAGAACGCCGGCAUUCCACAGGAUCGUAUCAUACUCCUCGAAGGGCAGCACCAAGGUUUUGCCACAGUUCACGACCUCAUCAAAUUUGGCAGAGGCUUUGGUGCAGAUGGGCAAACUCCGGCGUUGAAAAUUAAAAGGGGCGAAUCAAACAAAUGGCUAUGUGGCUUUCUCAGUUUCAGCAGUGGAACCACCGGUCUCCCCAAGGCAGUUAUGAUCUCACACCAUAACGUGAUGGCACAGUGUCUACAAGUUUCGCAGCUCACGCCCAAGGAUCAUAAGAAAAUACUCGCUGUUCUACCGUUGUUCCAUAUAACGGGCCUCGUGCAUCAAAUGCAUAUGCCCGUGUGUAUAAAUGCAGAGGUCUAUAUGCUCCCGGCGUUCGAUAUGAAGACCAUGCUGGACACGGUGAUUGAGUAUCAAAUUUCGGAGCUCCUUCUUGUGCCACCCAUUUUGAUUCGGCUGCUGCGGGAUCCCAUCGUGAAGAACUAUGAUCUAUCUCAUAUACGCAGAUUUUCCUCUGGAGCAGCUCCACUUUCAGCCGAAGUCAUCCAAGAGCUACAGCGUCGCUUUCCCCAGACGGGCUUCAAGCAGGGAUACGGCAUGACGGAGUCCUGCAGCUGCAUCACCGCCCACCCUUUAGAGCAGUCCACAUAUGAAUAUGCGAACCGAGUCGGCAGUAUUGUUGCCAAUACCGAGGUCAAAAUUGUGGACCCUGAGACGGGAGCUGAGCUUGGUUAUGGCGAGCCGGGAGAGAUUCUCGCCCGUGGUCCGCAGAUUGUUAUGGGUUAUUUGAACAACGACAAAGCUACGGCCGAAACUUUUGACUCCGAGGCUUGGUUGCAUACUGGGGAUGUUGGAUAUAUUGACCGGGAAGGUUUCAUUACUAUCACCGAUCGCAUCAAGGAAAUGAUCAAAGUCAAGGGUAUUGCUGUCGCCCCUGCCGAGCUAGAAGACUUGCUUCUUGGACACCCGAUGAUCGAAGAUGUUGCUGUCGGCGCAAUCGCAGACGACUAUACAGGGCAGCGUCCCAAGGCUUAUAUUGUCUUGAAGCCUACAUCUCGUGAGGGCAAAGGCAAAGAACAAAUAUUGGCAUUGCUGAGAGGGGUGAUUAAAUAUGUCCAGGAGACAAAAGUCCGCCAUAAGUGGAUAACCGAGGUCGAGCUGGUCAAGGAAAUUCCCAAGAGUGCUAGCGGCAAGAUCCUUCGUCGAGUCUUGCGACAACUCGAGCAAGAUGCCAGCAUCCAAGACCGACUUUUGGUGGGUAGGGAGGAUGUUCGAUCUAAAUUGUGA